GAUAAGAAACCAGAAUCUCUCUCUCUCUCCUCUCGUCUCUUCUCUUCACACCAUCUUAAAGGGGAGCUGCCCUUUCCCCCAUUAAUUUUGUAAUUUCUCCCUUCACAACUAGCCAGUUAUGUCAAGAAUCUCUCAAGACUCCUCCAAAAGACACUUCCACUGGACUAAAAAGGUUGGAACUGAAGAUGAUGAUGAAGCUCCGACCUUCAAGUCCUCUUCAAACUCCAAUGAGGAAGACAAAAGGGAAAACCUUAAGAGCCAUGUUGCUAUGCCAACACCAAGGAAGAAGCUUCCAGCAGUUGCCGUUGCCAGGCUUCGAUCUGUUCUUACAGCUUUUGGAAAGAACCGUUCAAGCCUGCCCUUUGGUCUCGGACCCCGAGUGGUAGGUACCCUUUUCGGUUACAGGCGUGGCCAUGUUCACUUUGCUUUUCAGAAAGAUCCCAAUUCCCCACCAGCUUUCCUUGUUGAACUUGCCACACCAAUUAGUGGAUUGGUUCGAGAAAUGGCAUCCGGGUUGGUCAGGAUUGCUCUGGAGUGUGAUAAAGAGAAAGAAGAAGAGAAAAAGGCAGUGAGAUUACUAGAGGAGCCCGUAUGGAGGACUUAUUGCAAUGGAAAGAAAUGUGGUUUUGCAACUAGGAGGGAAUGUGGUGCUAAAGAAUGGAAGAUUCUGAAAGCUGUGGAGCCAAUUUCAAUGGGAGCAGGGGUUUUGCCAGGUAGUGGAGCUGACGCUGGUGCUGAUGGUGAACUCAUGUAUAUGAGGGCUAAGUUUGAGAGAAUUGUUGGGUCUAGAGAUUCUGAAGCUUUCUACAUGAUGAAUCCUGAUAGCAAUGGAACUCCUGAGCUUAGUAUCUAUUUGCUUAGAGUCUGAAGAAGUUGCCAUGGAAUGCCUGAGCUAACUUCCUUUUCUGUGCGUUUUGACUUUUUAAGGGUAUACUGGUGAUAUUUGUCUUAUUACUCUUUAGAGCCAUGGAAAUGGAUCUCUGGUUUCUUCCAGGGUUUUUCGUCCUUUUUUUUUUUCUUUCUUUCUUUUUUGGGAGAAAUUGGAAGUGGGUUUUUACUUUUAUUGUAUUCUGUUAGUGUAGGUGGAUGGGCAAUACAUUAUAACAUGAAGCUAGGUGGGGGUCUUGAAGGUGUAUAUGUAUAGUUUUCUUCUUCAACCUUUAUUAAGUAAUGAGACAUUGAGCCUAGUGCAAUCAAUGAUUAUCUUUUGCAUUU